AUGGCCAGGAAUGUCCGGAGAGCCGUGACUUCUGAACGGUCCCGUGUGGACGACAGGCAGCGCCACUUAUUCCUACAGAAGCCACCGCAGCAUCGCAUGGUGUUCGAAGACUGGCAAAGGCAUGGGAUCCUGCUGCCGUUUAGUCACGAUCGUGAGAUCUUCACCGUCCCGAAUCCUACCAUCUUCCAGAAGCCGUCCUGGCCAAUGAUCGCCUCCGAUAAUCCAGUUGACGGCUGGCUGCUCUCAGACGUCCUGCAAGGCAACAGCGGCUCUGCUCGCAACGACUUUCAAGGAAUGUUGUAUCACCUCAUCCGUAACCAACUCACACUCUUCCAUCCUCGGCUGCGACACCACGCAUGUCACUUUCAGCUAUACUCCAUCGAUGAUGCUGCUGAGCUUUCAGAGCCCAUCAAGCCUUUGUUCAGCUUCGAUCGUAUCGAGGUUGCCAACAUGUCGGGUGUCCGCAAGCUUGGUCCAGAUCAGACCGUCCACCUAAUGACUCCGCUUCUGCGUGCACCUCAAGAGAAUCCACAUGCUACGCUCAUCACACUCUUCUUGACCGCAGUCACCGAGACCUAUAAGAUGACCGCAAAGGCCACAGGCGACAAGGAUGAGCUGCGGCGCAUGUUCGCGUACGACGGGAAGCCGCCAAGCACGCCAACGUUCCGGUUCGAUGCUCGCCUUUUGGCGCUGCUGAAUGCUGUUGGAAUUGUUAGGGACGGAGAUGAGUACUUCAACCGGUACAUGGAACUGCUCGACUUCGAGGAGAUUGAAGAGCAGUGCGGAGUGGCGAUGAAGGAGCCUCAUACGAUCAUCGAAAAGUGGCCGCUCCGCAUCAAACUGCGACCGGGACAGACGGGGGCGAAGGAGGAGUUCGAGCGGCUGCUUGCUUCGGGCCAGAUGGGCAUGCAGCGGUACGUGGAGUGGCAGCGGACAGAGUGA